AUGGGCAAAGUGCGGGCGCUGCGGGCGCGGGUGCACCGGGCGGCCGUGAGGCCUGCGGGGGCGGCGGCGGGCGGACCUGCGGCCCCCGCCCGGGACUCGGCCGCCCCGAAGGUCUCUGCCGGCGGCGCAGGGACGGCGGAUCCACUGGGCUCAGAUAUCUUCACGGGGACCAAGAUUGACCCCAGCACCCUGGUGCAGACGCUGCAACCAAAGUUGGAGCCAGAAUCGCGGUGCGUGGGUUCAUUCAGGAGAGGUGUGGACCCCAAGGUCGUGCUGCCCAAGAAAGACAAGCGUCGGCUGAGGCGGGAGCAGUGGUUGCAGAAGGUGGAGGCCCUGAAGCAGGCGGAGCGCGAGCAGCAGGCUGCACGCAAGCGUCGGGCCACCGUGGUGGUGGGGGACCUGCAGCCCCUGAGGGAUGCACUCCCCGAGCUACUGCAGCUGGAGGCCAGUGCCCGGGGCCCGCACAGACGCAGCAGGCCCAGCAGCAAGCCCCGGCCCACCGAGCUGAGCCGUAUGAGCACUGCCCAGAGGCAACAGCUGCUGGAGGAGGAAAGGACACACUUCCGGGAGCUGCUGGCCAGCUCCGUCUAUAGGGCCUGCCCCCUGCUGGCCAUCCGGGAACAGCUGCAGGGCCAGGUCUUGUGACAGCACCACCGAAGACGCCACAGCGUGGGACACUGCAGCGACCCGAGACUCCAGAGCCUUCGUCUGGGAUGUGCGGCCAUAUGGGCUGCGUGUGAACUGUGCAGGGUGUGGGCCGUGCGGUUGUGCAUGUGAAUUGUGUGAGUUGGUGCGAGCUGUGUGCCCCACAUUUGAGGCCAGGCCAGGGGACUCCCACUUGCUUGUGGGGUGCAACCACAGCCCCAAAUGCCCCCAAUAAAAGGCCCGGCC